CCUACCCUGAGAUCUCUCUCUCUUACUCUUGACUCUCUCCCUCUCACGAUUAAUUCAAACAUGAAACCAAAGUGGCUCUAAUAAAUAUUUCUGGAAAUUUCUUAAAACAUCUCAUCGAAACUGUGACGAAGUUUCCAUUUAGAGUAAAUUAGCAAAUUAAAGAGCUAGAUUUGGUGUUUCUUUGGCCCCCCUUCUUUCCCCCUUGAAUGGUAAAGAAGUGAGUUUCAGACUUCAGAGAGUAUGGGGUUCUUCUCCUGGUUCAGACAUGAUCCAUCUAAGGAUGAUAUUGAAACCGCCAAGAAAAUUUCAUUACAUGAAGAAGAAGACCGCAGGGCACGUGAACAGAUUGAGAUUACAAGGGCAAAGGAAAUAAGUACUUUGGCGCUAGCUGAUCAGAAACAGGAUGGAAAGAGAAUAUUAGAAGAGUCCAAGGAGAAAGGCAUAAGCAAGCAAGUGGAUGUUAAACAAGACGUUCAGCAGCAUCCAAAUACUACUAGUAUGGAGACUUUUAAGGGUAAGGAACAAAUUAACCAUUCCAAAGAUGAUGUUGAAGAAGAUGUAGUGAAUCCUCCUCCUAGCAUAUGCAUUGGUGGCAAAUCUGAGAUUAGAGAUGGAAUACCUGAAAACCCUCAAUGCCUAUGUUGCUUUCAUUGCCACAAACCAAUUGCUACGCACGAGGUUUUAAAGAAAGGAAAAUUUCACGUAGAUUGCUACAAGGAGCACCGUCAUCCUACCUGCUAUGUCUGCAAACAAAAGAUUCCUUCAACUGAGGAAGGUAUCAAGUACAAUAAGCAUCCGUUCUGGAAAAAAAAAUACUGUCCUUGUCAUGACAAUGAUGGAACUGCCAAGUGUUGCAGCUGUGAAAGAUUAGAAGAGUCUUUUGGAACCAAGUAUGUAAUGCUUGCAGAUGGUCGAUGGCUGUGUCGUGAAUGUAUGGAAUACGCGGUUAUGGAUACUGAUGAGUGCCAUGAAUUACAUGUUGAAAUCCGAGAAUUCUUUGAAGGCUUGUUCUUCAAGGUUGAUAAAGAGUUUCCUCUUCUUCUGGUAGAGAAACAAGCGUUGAAUAAAGCUGAGGAAGAAGAGAAGAUUGACUAUCAUCGUGCAGCUGUAACCAGAGGUCUUUGCAUGUCCGAAGAGCAACCUGUCACUAGUAUAAAAAGAAGGCCAAGGAUUGGACCGAACAACCAGCUAACAGAGAUGGUUACAGAGACUCAAAGGGUGACUGGAUGCGAGGUGACCGGGAUUCUCAUCUUAUAUGGAUUUCCUAGGUUACUAACAGGAUACAUCUUGGCUCACGAGAUGAUGCAUGCUUGGCUUAGACUCAACGGUUAUAAGAAUCUUAAGUUAGAGCUUGAAGAAGGAUUAUGCCAAGCAUUAGGCCUCAGGUGGUUGGAGUCUCGGACAUUUGCCUCUACUGAUGCUGCUGCUGCUUCUGUAGCUUCUUCUUCUUCUUCCCCAGCUCCUCCAGCCGUUACCACGUCAAAGAAAAGUGACGAGUGGUCUGAUUUUGAGAAGAAGUUCGUAGAGUUUUGCAUAUAUCAGAUCAAAGAAGAUGAUUCACCGGUCUACGGUCACGGAUUCAAACAAGUUUAUCAGAUGAUGGUUUCAAAUAACUACAGCCUUAAGGGUACCCUGAAAGAGAUCGUUAGCGUUUCCAAGGCUACACCAGAUUCCAAGUUUUGAAUUAGGCCUUAAUUAUAUCAUACCAAUAAUAUACAGACAGCAACACUGUGCGGAUCUUCGUCAUCUUUAAUGCCUUUGGUGCUGUUUGGCACCAUCAAUGUUUAUGUUUUGCCUUCAUAUAAACAU